AUGGACGACGUCGAGGUAUACAUCUCGGAGACAUCUGACAAGUCCACAGAACAUGGCAUCCUCAUUAUUACGGAUGUGAUCGGUCACCGCUUCAAGAACGUCCAGUUGGUCGCAGACACUUUUGCCAAGAAUGGUUACUUCGUAUAUAUGCCCGACCUCUUUAACGGCAACCCUAUACCAUUGAAUCGGCCAGAUGACUUCGACUUUCCAAAGUGGUUGUCUAAUUACGGAACUGGUGUCGAAGACCCAAUCAUGGAGAAAAGCAUCAAGACAAUGAGGGAGAAAUAUGGUGUCAAGCGAGUUGGUGCUGUCGGCUAUUGCUUCGGUGGAAAAUACGUUGUUCGUUUCUUGAAACCAGGUCAGAUUGACGUCGGGUAUUCUGCACAUCCUUCUUUCGUUCAGGAGGAUGAGUUGAAGGGUAUCAAAGGACCAUUUGCCAUCUCGGCAGCGGAAACCGACCAUAUCUUUCCAACGGAGAAGCGACACCGAUCAGAGGAGAUUCUGAAGGAAGUGGGCCAACCAUAUCAGAUAAACCUCUACUCGGGGGUCGAACACGGAUUUGCUGUUCGUGGCGAUCCGGAGAAACGUGAGGUUCAGUAUGCGAAAGAGUCGGCUUUUUUGCAGGCACUACAAUGGUUUGAGGAGCACCUCAAUAUUCAACGACGCCUCUCCCUCAUUCUCUUGAUUGACUACUCAUACACCCUCUACACAUCUGUCAAACCACAUCUGAUGCGUCUACCUUCUUUCCCCAACAUAAUCAGAACACUCUACGCCUUCUCAAACACAACACUCCGAUCCCAACCCAUCGUCAAAUCCCUCGGCCAACCCCUCCAGCGCGCCACCAUCCGGUCUAUGCCAACCAUCCCGUUCCUAGGCUCACUCUUCAGUUCAUCAACCUCAUCAUCUCAAAAGAUGUCUUACCCAGACGAACGUACUCCAGGCGACUGGCAAGCCGUCCUCAAUAAGGAGCAAUUCCGUGUCCUACGGGAGAAGGGCACUGAGGCCCCGUUCAGCGGCGAAUAUGAUAAGCACCAUCCUAGCCAAGGUGUCUAUACUUGUGCUGGCUGCCAGGCGCCACUGUACAAGGCCGAGCAUAAGUUCAAGAGUGGAUGUGGCUGGCCAGCAUACUUCGAUGCCAUUCCAGGUGCGGUGACAAGGCACACGGACAGUUCGUUCGGCAUGGCGAGGACAGAGAUUGUGUGCAGCAAUUGUGGAGGACAUUUAGGACAUGUGUUCAAGGGAGAAGGGUACAAUACACCGACGGAUGAGAGACAUUGCGUGAACAGUGUUUCGCUCAAGUUUAACAAGGAUGAUCCAGUGACGGGAAAUGGACAGGCGAAGUAA